AUGGCGGCCGUCCAGGAUAGUGUUCCGCUAGGAAAGACAGACGGAUCGACGAUUCCGUCGGGAGGUCCGAGCAUUGAACUCGUGGAAAAAGAGGGCACCACGUCGCUUUUGGCGGCCGAACGGAAAAGCUUGGAAGUUUCUGUUCCCACGGGUACUCCAGAGUCUGGAGAGAAGCAAGCUGUUGGAACGGCGCCGGCUGCUGCUCGCCCUGCCGCGGAACAGGUGCCGAUCCCGUGCGGGAUGAACCGCUACGUUCUGGCCGGCUUCUUCUGCGUUGUCGUUCUUUUGAAGGGAUGCACGUAUUGGGGUUGGAACGGCAUGCAGGAAAUGAUGUACAAGUCCGGCGUGUAUGAGUGGGAGUGCGGGCCGGACUCUGCAGGCGCGGGUGUCCUGCGCGUCGGCAACGUCGACUAUCCGGAUUGCGCGGCUCGAAAGAACAUGAUUAACAACCUGUACACGGCGACCUUCUCCGCGCACUUCAUUUCCUCUGCCGCCUCUGGGGUGCUGCUCGACGCGGCGGGACCGAAGAUUUGCAUGUUGGCUGCGCUCGCAAUCGAGGCAGCCGGUUGGCUGCUGAUUGGUUUCUCUUCGCAGAGCUUCCAAGGCUACUACGCCGGCGGUGUGUUCCUCGGAGUCGCGGCAGAUCCGGGGUAUUUGCCUCUGCUCUCAGUGGCUAACUUGUUUCGAGGAAACGAGUCGUUCCUGAUGGCUGUGCUCGGUUCGUUGCGUUCUAUUUCGUUCGCGGUUCCGGUCAUUCUGUCUGCGAUCUUCCAGUCAGAGUCAUUCGCGCCGGACGACUUUUGGAAAAUCAUCGUCAUGUACGUGGCCAUUGGCCUGGGGCUCUCCACCAUCGUCACCCUCUUCUUGGUUCCGAUGAGCCCGUUCAAGCCGCGCUCUGAGCUCGAGGACGCAGCUGUCGCUGGCGAGGCGAGCUCGCGGGAAGACGCGCCUCAGCGGUGCGCUUCGUACACCGGAGGCGAGGAGGCAGCCCAGCGUCCUGCGGUUGCCGAGCGUGCCGAAGGCCCUAGGUCGUUCGUGGCUGCGCUCAAGUCGAAGGAGUUCCUGCUCAUCGUGCCGUGCUUCGUCAUUGCGCUGCUUCGCGCAGAGUUCUACACGAAGAGCAACAAGGAGCAGCUGCAGGUGUCCUCCAGCUCGAACGUCUACCAGAUGUUCAGCGUUCUGAACAUUAUGUCUUUCCUUCCGGGACCUGUGUUUGGAAAGAUGACCGACAAGUUCGGCAUUCUUCCGGUCAUCGCCACGCUGAACACCUUUGGUAUCUUCCUCUACGUCUUUGUCAUGCCCAACGUCCUCGCGUGCAAGGCCAUCUCCACGCUGCUCUACUUCGUCUACUGCUCUUUCGUGUUGAGCAACCUGUACUGCUACGUCGCCAUCAACUUCCCGUCGGAGUACUUUGGGAAGCUGACCGGUCUAGCGUCGCUGAUUGGAGGUGUUUUCUCGCUGACAAGCAUUGGUUGGUACAAGCUGUCGUCCGAGACGCUGCUCGACAUGGCGCCCUACAAUUUCUUGCCAGCCGACGGCAUCAUGGUGUUUUUCGGCCUUGUAAACUGCGUCAUCAUUCUAGCCAUGUUCCGCCAGGACAAGGCAAAAAAGGUGCUGACGAAGGAGAACCCGUACCUUGACGUCUCGGGAAAGAACGUGCAGGGUGCUGAGGGGGACGCGGAGGCUGCGGAAGCGGCGGUUUGA